CCAAAACCCUCACAAAUGGCGGACGCCGAAACGCCAGCGUUUCGAAUAUCGGGCAGGCGGGUCCACUUCGCCGGAAACCCCGCAGAACCGGCACGAUACAUCGGACCCGUCACCGGUCAUCAGGGCGUCUGGAUCGGCGUCGACUGGGACGACGGCGACGACGGAAAGCACAACGGAUCCGUUAACGGGACCCGUUACUUCACUACCCGAUCCGAUAAGUCCGGUUCCCUCGUCCGAUCCAAGAAUUUGAGUGCAGGGAUCUCGUUUGUUGAGGGUCUUCGUGUUAGGUAUCGGAGCGAUUCCACUAAAGAAGAAGAAGACGAAAUGUAUGUGCUUUCGACGAGCAACAAGCGUGUAUCGGUACAACUUGUGGGGAGAAAUAAAGUUGAGGAGAAGCUGAAGAACUUUGAGGAAUUGGUUGCUGCUUCGGUUUCUUAUUUGGGGAUUAGUUCGAUUGGUUCUGCUAGUGAGAUCAAAUCUCUAGUUCCAAACCUUAAGGAGCUUGAUCUGACGGGAAAUCUUCUUUCGAAGUGGCAAGAUAUAGAUAUCAUUGUUGAAGCUCUUCCAGCUCUUGAAGUUCUCAACUUAACAAACAACUUAAUGGAGCAUGAUUUAACAGAACUUCCUUCACUCAAGCGCAUUCGAAUUUUAGUUCUGAAUAACUGCAGCAUUACUUGGAAGGAGGUUGAAGGGUUUAAGCAGUGGCUUCCGUCAGUUGAAGAGCUACAUUUAAUGGCAAAUCAGUUAAGGGAAAUUACACCUGCACCAUCAGCACCAAAUAUCAGUACCACUCAGAAUUUUGAUUCAUUGCGGCUCUUAAACUUAGAAGACAAUUGCAUCAAUUCAUGGGAUGAGAUUGUUAAGCUUUCUCAUCUCAAAAGAUUGGAACAGCUUCAUCUGAAUAAGAACAAAUUGAAGCAUAUCUUCUUCCCUGCUGUGAAUCAUUCAGGUUCUAAACUAGUAAACACAGAUAAGCGGCAAGAUGGAUGUUCCAUGCCUUUUGGGAGUCUGCAAUGUCUUCUUUUAGGAUGUAAUGAGAUUGAUGAUCUGCUCUCUAUAGAUUCACUCAACUUUUUUCCAAGUUUGGUGGACAUCAGACUUUCUGAUAAUCCUAUAGUUGAUCAAGCUAAAGGUGGGAUCCCAAGAUUUGUUCUGAUUGCACGUCUAGCAAAAGUCAAAAUACUGAAUGGCAGUGAGGUUAGCCCACGUGAACGGAAGGAAUCAGAAAUUCGAUAUGUCCGCCUAGUUAUGGCCAAGUUGCAAUCAGAUGAUCCACAGGAGAUAAAACGUCUGCACCCUAGGUUUUUUGAACUCAAGGUUUUGCAUGGCAUUGAAGAUGAGAAGCCAUCGAAUGGACCUGCAGGCCCUCAAAAAAUGGCUUCUGGACUGCUCUGUAUGACAUUGAAAUGUGUUGGAGCUUCAAUUGCUGAGAAGUCGCCUUUGACAAAAAAAUUGCCACCUACUACUACCGUAGGCAAGUUGAAGGUACUAUGCGAGAGCUUCUUUAAACUUAAAGGAAUGAAGCUAAGACUGUUUGUUGAAGAAGAGGGAUCACCAUUACCGCAAUUGCUGGAUGAUGAUAUGGCAACUUUAAUAGAUCUCGGAAUCACGUCAGGAUCAACCAUUCUGCUGGAUGAAGAAAGUUAAACAGCACAAUGCUUAAAGAAACCGGGCUUCUGCUUCCCUGAAGCACCAUAACCUCUGGCCUCAGAAACACUAGCAUUUAGAUUUUGUUACUUGAGCAAGUGGCGUGUAUAUCACUAAACUAUUUAUGUUUGUCUUUGUGCAUACAUAUGGUGAUAUGUCUACACUGUAUAUGAACUUGUAUAAUAUUCACACAUUUUCCUUUGAUACUAAAUCUUUACUGAGCCGGAGGGCUGAAUGAAAGAAAUGGCUGAUGUUAUGCGGAUGAAGGUUUAUGGAAAGAUGAACGUGUAAGAUAUUCUUGAUCCUUUUUUAUUUUUUUUAUUACUU